AUGGUCUCCUGGAUCGCCAACGCGAGCGGAUCAACCAACGAACUCGUCGCGACCAUCCCCGCCGUCAUCGCGGCUCUGUUGCUCGGAUGGAAACUCUUCUACGCGUCCUUCCGCGAAGUGCUCAACAACCAGGUCUCCUCGAGCUCGCUCGCGGCCCUCGCGAUCCUCGCCGCAAUGGCCGUCGGGAAAUACGGCACCGCCGCGUUCCUCGCGUUCAUUCUUCUUGUCGCCGACCAGAUCGUGUCGCGCACCGCAGACGGCGCGAAACGCGCCAUCGAGCAGCUCAUCUCGCUGACCCCAGACGACGCUCGUGUCGUUGAUAGCAACGGCAACGAAACGAUGGUCCCUGUCGGACAAGUCCAGGUCGGACAACGCGUCCGCAUCCGUCCCGGCGAGAACCUUCCGGUCGACGGCAAAGUCAUCGGCGGCGAAUCGACAAUCAACCAAGCAUCACUGACCGGUGAAUCCAUGCCCGUCGAAGUCCAGAACGGCUCCGCGGUCUACGCCGGUACCAGCAACCUGACGGGCGCGAUCGAGAUCGAGGUCACCCAGGUCGGCGCCGAGACCACCAUCGGGAAGGUCUCGACGCUCAUCCGCGAAGCGGAAUCGACCAAGACCGAGCGUCAGCUGCUCAUCGAGCAGGUCGCACGUUUCUAUGUCCCAGUCGCGAUCUCUGUCGCGGCGGUUGUGUUCUUCCUCUUCUCCCAGUCCGACAUCCCAGCCGUGCGUGAAGGCGCGGCGCUGCGUGCUGUGACUGUGCUUGUCGUCACCUGUCCAACCGCACUGCUGCUCUCGUCACCAUCGGCGAUGGUCGCCGCGUUCGCGUCCGCCGCUCGAUUGGGUGUGAUGAUCAAGCGGACGACCUACCUCGAAGCGUCCGCGAAUGUCGAUGCUGUCGUGAUGGACAAGACCGGAACGCUCACUACUGGAUCAUUCGGUGUUUCGCGCCUCGCCCCAGCUCCAGGAGUCGAAGGCGCGGACCUGCUUAAAGCCGCGGCGUUCGCUGAAGCUCACUCUAACCACCCGCUCGGACUCUCCAUCCUCCGCACCGCCAAACAAGCACGCAUCGAGGUCGAUUCCAACGGCUCAUACGAAGAAACCCACGGCGCUGGUGUCAAAGCAAAGACCUCCAUCGGUGAGAUUACCGCUGGCCGUGGAUCGUGGAUCAGAGAGCUCAUGCCGAGCGCCGCCGAUGCGAUCGCUGACAUCGAGCACCGCACCGAAGGCAUGUCGGGUGUCCACGUCAUCAAAGACGGCGUCUACAUGGGCGCGGUCGGACUCGCAGACACCCCACGUCCAAACGCAAAGGCAGUCGUCGAUCGUCUCCGCGAACUGGGAAUCCGCUUCGUCGCGAUCUUCACCGGCGAUCGUCUGAGCGUGGGUAAGCGCGUCGGACAAAUCGCAGGCGUGGACAGCGUCGAAGCCGAGUGCCUCCCAGAAGAGAAGCACCAGCAGAUCCGCCAGAUGCGCGAAGACGGCUACCGCGUCAUGAUGAUCGGUGACGGCAUCAACGACGGCCCCGCACUCGCUGAAGCCGACGUCGGCGUCGCGAUGGGUCUGUCGGGAUCAGACAUCGCCGCCAACUCCGCAGGCGUCGCGCUGAUGACCGACGAGCUCAACCGCGUCCCGUUCCUCAUGGAACUUGCUCGCAGAACCCGCGUCAUCAUCACGCAGAACAUCGUCGUGUCCAUCCUGAUGGCGAUCGUCGGUCUGGUACUCGCCGCUUCCGGCGCGUUCCAGGUCAUCGGCGGCGAGCAACUCGGCGCUUCACUGGGUGUCGGUUUCGCGGCGUUCUUCCACUUCGUCCCCGACGUCUUCGUGAUCGGAAACUCGUUCCGACUCUUCCGCUACGGCGAAGACUUCCUCGAAGCGGAAACCCUGCAGAAGGAACAAGAACAAGCCGCCCAACGCCGCGUGCGCCGCGACCAGUCGGUCCGCAUCGCCGCCGAACCGGCGUGA